AUGAACUUCAUCGCGUCUUUUUUCUCCGCUGUGGCCUUGGCUAGUCUGGCUGCUGCUGUCCCCCAGACAGACCCAGCUCCCCAGGUGACCAUUUACGAUAGUGUGAACUACGAAGGCGAGAGCCUCAGCUUCUCGCCGGACGACUCCCGCCAGACUCUCUUCCCCUGGAUCGAGUCUGUUCUGAUCCCUGAGGGGGAGGACAUCUACUGCCAGCUCUUCAACAACACCGAGUUCACUUGUGGAGGAGGCCAGGUCAUUAUCUCCUCGCUUCCCGAUGUGGACGAUGAGGACGAGGUCUACCCUGGUAUUGUCUGCGGAAUACUGUCGUAA